AUGCUGGUCGGAUGCGAAAGCAUCAACCAUCAUGCCAUUGAUCUCAUUCCCAGCUCAGAACUCCAUUGCAAAAAGUGGGAUUCUCCACUGCCGUCACGCCUAAAUGUUGCAAAUCCCGAUUACGACGUAUCGCCUACAAUUCCCCAAAUGGAACCGUUUAAGAACGGAUUUCUGAAGUCCAACUGUUCCAGAAAUCCACUCGACAUCGACCCUGAACCGUUUUGCAUCUUCCUUAAUACAAAAGUCAAUCAGGGUAUGGGUAUCGUCAUUAUCUCGAAAAAGUCGGUGUUUGAAGCGAGUCUUCCAAAGUUGGAUUUCUCAACAGAGCUACCUGUUCCUUCGACAAUCAAAAUUGUCAAGAUGCCAGAGAAAGGCGGCGCUGGUGCCGUUGCCUCUCAAGAUCUCAAACGCGGGCAGACCGUCGGCAAAGUCAGAGCUGUUGCCCUCUUCCCACAUGAUCAAAGCCUUUGGGGCAACGAAUUUGGGAAACGCUUUUACCGACAAGCAAUCGAGCUUUUACCGCAUCGUACUCAGGAUGUGAUUGCCAGCCUUCACGCCACAGGAAUGGAAGAAACAAAAGAAGAAUUUAUUGCAAACGCGCUCAAGCAGAACACAUUUGGAACCCAUCUAAACCCAGCGUCACCGAUAGUUUAUACUGCACUCGUCUUGGAACCAGCGGUCCGAUUUAAUCACGACUGCCGACCAAACGUCGGGUACUAUAUAGAUCACGAUACCCAGUCAAUACACAUGACAGCAUUCAGACAAAUUUUGGCGGGCGAGGAGCUUACCAUCAGCUAUCGCGCAUCGGAGCUUACACGAAAAAUGCGACAAGAUUCUCUGAGUGCAAAUUACGGAUUUCAAUGCUCAUGUUCGCAUUGCCAAAUGAGCUCAGAGGAAGGGAAGAAGUCAGAUGGAAGGGUCCUACGUCUCUUGCAGCUCCAAAAUAUCCACUCCACGGGGGUGGAAUGGCUUUCAAUUGAAGAAGUCACAGAGCUCAUCAAAAUUUGUGAAAGGGAAAAUCUCCCGUACUCGAUGAUCAACGCCAAUUACAUUGCCGCACAAGUGUACAAUGCACAUGGAAGAACCCAGGAGGCUAGUGAUUUCGCUAAGAAAGCCAAAAGGGAUGGCCUGAUUAGAUGA